AUGCAGCACGCCCCAGCAACGAUUGAAGAGCAACUGAUUCUGAAAGCAAUCAAGGAAGAGAGCCCAUGGGAAAAUCUUCCGAAACGGCUCCAGGCUACUCUUACAUCAAAAGAGGAAUGGCAUAGAAGGAUAGUAGAGCAUUGCAUCAAGAAACGACUCCAAUGGACAGCCUCUUUUGCUCGGAAAGUAUUAAAAGAAGGUGAAUAUUAUGAAGAGAUGAUGCGUUACUUGCGAAGGAAUCUGGCGCUCUUUCCUUAUCACCUUGCAGAUUAUGUUUGUCGAGUCAUGAGGAUAUCACCCUUCAGAUAUUACUGUGAUAUGAUCUUCGAGGUUAUGAAGAAUGAACAACCAUAUGACAGCAUCCCAAACUUCAGUGCUGCAGAUGCCUUGCGACUUACAGGAAUUGGGAGAAAUGAGUUCAUUGAUAUUAUGAAUAAAUGCAGGUCUAAGAAAAUCAUGUGGAAGCUGAACAAGUCAAUUGCAAAAGAACUUUUACCUGCACAUCCUGCAGACUUUGCAAUAGAACCAUGGUGGGGCGUGUGUCUUGUCAACUUUACACUGGAAGAGUUUAAGAAACUCUCUGAAGAAGAGACCGCCACCAUCGACAAGAUCUGCAAGGAGGAAGCUAAUGCAUAUAUCCUGUUUGAUCCUGACAUCAUAAAGGGCAUGUACCAGAGGGGAUUGAUCUACUUUGAUGUUCCUGUAUAUCCAGAGGACCGUUUUAAAGUUUCCAGGCUUGAAGGCUUUGUUUCCAACAGGGAGCAGUCUUAUGAAGAUCCCAUUGAAGAGUUACUGUAUGCAGUCUUUGUUGUUUCAAGUGAGAAUGCUACUGUUUCUGAACUGGCAGCCACAUUACAGGCUGAUCUUUCUAAGCUACAAGCUGCUGCAUCGUUUGCUUGUCGAUUGGGAUGGGCGCAGAAAUUGAUCGAUCCAGGAUCCGUUCUUCAAGAUGCUAACAUGCCUGUCUCUCCAAGAGCCAGUGUCACUGAUGAAGACGAUGCUGCUCGUGCCAGUAUAAGCUCGACGAGAUCAACUGAUGGCGAUGGUCUGCAAGAACCUCUGGCAUCUGAACACCUUGGGCCCCGUGUGAGCCACACUCGGGUUGCAUUUAUUGUCGAUGCCAAUAUAACAUCUUACCUUAUGAUGGGAUCAGUUUCUCCUGGCUUGAAAUCUCAUGCUGUGACAUUGUAUGAAGCUGGCAAGUUGGGUCAUCCUAGCAUUGCAGAUCUUUGCAAAGAUCUCAGCUCAUUAGAGGGGGCGAAAUUCGAGGGUGAAUUACAGGAAUUCGCAAAUCAUGCCUUUAGCCUGCGAUGUGUUCUAGAAUGUCUGCUCUCAGGUGGAGUUGCUACUGAUGCAGAAGCAGAUGAAGUUUGCAAUAAGCUCAGCAAAGGGGCUUCAAACAGUGAUGAGUCCACUUUGAUCGCUGAUAUCACUUCUGCUGACAGCAAAUCAGGAACCUCUGGUGCUGAUGAAGCUGGAGCGGAAGUGAAUUAUUCAACAAAUUCAGAAGUUCCCCCAGAUGGCAGCAAGGUGAUGUCAUCUGCAUCUCUAUCUGAUGAGGGGCCAAAGUCUGAGCAAAAUGAUGACAAGUUUACUACACCAGCUGAAGGUUCUGAUAUUGGAAAAGGUUUAAGAAGGAAAAGGAGGUACCGUGUUGAUAUCCUGCGUUGUGAAAGUUUGGCUGCUUUAGCACCAGCAACGCUAGACAGGUUAUUCCGUCGUGACUAUGAUAUUGUUGUAUCCAUAGUUCCUCUUCCCCAUUCAGCAGUUCUUCCUGGACCAAAAGGUCCUCUCCAUUUUGGUCCUCCCACUCAUUCGUCAUUGACACCAUGGAUGAAAUUGGUGCUAUAUACCACUGUAGCUUGUGGGCCCCUGUCAGUUGUUCUCAUGAAAGGACAAUGCUUAAGAUUGCUUCCUGCUCCAUUGGCUGGGUGUGAGAAGGCCUUAAUAUGGUCUUGGGAUGGUUCAACAAUUGGUGGGUUGGGAGGGAAGUUUGAAGGAAAUUUGGUGAAGGGAAGUGUCCUCUUGCAUUGCUUAAACUCUCUGCUGAAGUACUCUGCUGUUCUUGUGCAACCACUCAGCAAAUCUGAUCUCGAGAAAUCUGGAAGAGUUAUUACAAUGGAUGUGCCUCUGCCCCUAAAAAAUGCUGAUGGUUCAAUUGCUUGUGUGGGGAAUGAAUCGGGUCUGUGUGAACUAGAAAGGUCAAGAUUGAAUUCUCUGUUGACUAGUGUGACAAACAAAUUGGAAUUGCCAACAAUUGGUUAUAUUCGCUUACUGAAGCUUUUUAAUGAAAGGGAAGCAGACCUGUUUGCUCCUGAUGACCGGAAAUAUGAAUGGGUUCCUUUAAGUGUGGAGUUUGGGAUGCCCCUUUUUAGUCCCAAACUAUGCAACAGCAUAUGCAAAAGGGUCGUUGCAUCAGAGAUACUGCAGUCUGAUUCACUUACUGAACAUCAUGACACGAUGCAAGGCUUACGGAAAAGGUUGAGAGAUGUAUGUGCAGAAUACCAUGCAACCGGUCCUGCUGCCAAGCUCCUUUAUCAGAAAGAGCAACAAGCAAAGGAUUCAUCUAGGCAGCUCUUGAUGAACUAUGCUAGUGGAAGGUGGAAUCCCCUUGUUGAUCCUUCUUCUCCUAUAUCAGGAGCUUCAAGUGAUCUCCAGAGGCUUAAACUUGCUAAUCGUCAGCGUUGCAAAACUGAAGUACUAAGUUUUGAUGGCAGCAUUUUAAGAUCAUAUGCACUGUCUCCUGUGUACGAGGCCUCUGCUAAAGUGAUUGAAGAAGCAUCUUUAGUCAAUACUAUUAAAGUUGAUCCAAAUGAAGCUGAUAGUAGAGAAGUAGCUCUCCCGGGUGUCAAUCUUAUUUUCGAUGGCUGUGAAUUGCACCCUUUUGAGAUAGGUGCUUGCCUGCAGGCUCGCCAACCGGUUGCCUUGAUUGCGGAAGCUGCAAUAGUCUCAGCUUCUGCGAUCAAAUAA